AUGCCGACCGUUCACCUUUUGGACUACGUCGCGGGGAACAUCCGCUCGUUGGUCAAUGCGAUCAACCAAGUCGGAUACGAGGUCGAAUGGGUUAAGACGCCCGAGGAUGUGAAGAACGCCGAUAAACUAAUCCUUCCCGGUGUCGGCCACUUCGGCCACUGCCUCUCGCAAUUGGAGCAGGGUGGGUUCCUGGGCCCUAUCCGCCAGCACAUUGAAGCCGGAAAGCCUUUCAUGGGAAUCUGUGUUGGCCUACAGGCUCUGUUCCAGGGCUCCGAAGAAGAUCCCAACGUCCCCGGUCUGGGCGUCAUUCCCACGCGCAUUCAAAAAUUUGACGACAAGUCCAAGAGCGUCCCACACAUUGGAUGGAAUUCGGCGAUGAACACGGAGAUUGGGACGAAAAAGCAAAGUUUCUUUGGAUUGAGGCCAACCAGCAAGUACUAUUACGUUCACUCUUAUGCGGCGGCAUACCAGCCCGGAGUGCUUGAGGCGGACGGCUGGUCAGUCGCGACGGCCACAUACGGCGAGGAGGAAUUCAUCGGUGCCAUCAGCCGAGGUAACGUCUUUGGUACUCAGUUCCACCCAGAGAAGAGUGGUGUGGCUGGACUACGCGCCAUCCGCGCUUUCUUGACCGGCGACCAGUUCCAAUCACUUCCCCAAGAGCUAGUUUCCGGCAAGGAAGAUGGAUUGACGCGCCGAGUCAUUGCCUGCCUCGAUGUGCGGGCAAACGACAAUGGAGAUCUUGUUGUCACCAAGGGUGAUCAAUACGAUGUACGCGAGAAGAGUGGAGCGGAUGCGGGUGGCCAGGUUCGCAAUCUUGGAAAGCCCGUCGACAUGGCCAAGAAGUACUAUGAGCAAGGAGCGGACGAAGUCACUUUCCUGAACAUCACAUCCUUCCGCAACUGCCCCGUGGCGGACACACCCAUGCUGGAGAUUCUCCGAAGGACAUCAGAGACGGUCUUUGUGCCCUUGACCAUCGGUGGAGGCAUCAAAGACACCGUCGACACCGACGGCACUGCGAUUCCUGCGCUCGACGUUGCGACGAUGUACUUCAAGUCCGGUGCCGACAAGGUCAGUAUUGGCUCUGACGCGGUCUUUGCCGCCGAAGACUACUACAAGUCCGGGCUGAGCGGACGCACAGCCAUUGAGACAAUUUCAAAUGCCUACGGCAACCAGGCUGUGGUGGUGAGCGUUGAUCCUAAGCGGGUCUACGUGGAUCGACCGGAAGACACCACUCACCACACUCUGAAGACUGCGUAUCCUAAUGCUGCCGGCCAGACCUACUGCUGGUACCAAUGCACGGUCAAGGGUGGCCGGGAGACUCGCGACAUGGAUGUGCGGCAAUUGGUACAGGCCGUGGAGGCGAUGGGUGCUGGUGAAAUCCUGCUCAACUGCAUCGACAAGGACGGCAGCAACAGUGGCUUUGAUCUGGAGUUGAUCAACGAUGUCAAGGCUGCCAUUAAGAUUCCCGUCAUUGCCUCCAGUGGAGCUGGAGUACCGGACCACUUUGCAGAGGUGUUCAACAAGACGACGACUGAUGCGGCGUUGGGUGCAGGCAUGUUCCACCGUGGAGAGUAUACUGUGAGCCAGGUAAAGGAUCACCUCAAGGCCGAGGGCUUCCUGGUCCGCCAAUUUGAGGCCGAUAUCUGA